UCUACAAAUAUUUCCAGCAUGGCUUCUCUGGGACACAUGGAGGAAUUUGAUCUGGCUAAUCCAGCCUCAUGGGACUCAUAUGCUGACAGGUUAGUGUUUUUCCUGGAAGCUAAUAAGGUGGUGGAUGCUAUUCAGAAGAGAGCUGUGUUACUGAGUGUUAUUGGAUCCAAAACAUUUGAUAUUGUCCGCUCACUGAUAUCUCCUGCUAAACCACAAGACUACUCAUUUGAAGAAAUACUGGCACUGUUAAAACAUCAUUUAGCACCCACCCCAUCUGAAACAGUGAGGCGUUUCCAUUUCAAUAGAAGAAAUCAGAAACCAGGUGAAAGCAUUGCAGCAUACAUUGCAGGACUGCGCAGGCUGUCUGAAAAUUGCAAUUUUGGUACCAGCUUAGAAUCCUUGUUAAGGGACAGGCUUGUGUGUGGGGUGCAAGAUGAAGCACUGCAGAGGAGACUGCUUGCAAGACAGAAUUUAACUUUUAUUAUUGCACAUGAGGAAGCGCUUGCAAAUGAGGCUGCAUAUGUCCAUUCAAAAGAGAUACAAUCCUCCAGCAAAGAUAACUCACCUGAAGUAAAUCUAGUGAAGAAGACUGAUGUUAAAUCAAAACACUGUUCACCACACACUGAUGUCACAGCUCCAUUUAAAGGAACUUGUUAUAGCUGCGGUGGAAAACACAGGCGUAAUACAUGUCGUUUUCGAAAUGCAGUUUGCCACACAUGUAAACGUACAGGUCACAUACAGACAGUUUGCCAAGGGUGCCUAUUAUGGGGAAACAAAGUGGUAAUUCCAAAUGCAGGACAAGCUCGAGUAUUGCAUGCUCUUCAUGAAGGACAUCCUGGAAUAGUUCGCAUGAAAGCUUUAGCCAGAAGUUAUGUUUGGUGGCCUAAAAUGGAUGAAGUUAUUGAAAAGUGGGUGAAGAACUGUGUACCAUGCCAAUCUACUCGUCAUGCUCCACCUAAAGCCUCAGUACAUCCUUGGGAAGUGACUAGGUCACCUUGGUCCCGUUUACAUAUAGAUUUUGCUGGCCCUUAUCACGGACAGAUGUUUUUUUUAGUUGUUGACUCCUUUUCAAAAUGGUUAGAAGUUGUUCCAGUUACAUCUGCUACCUCAGUCACAGUCAUAAAGAUUCUAAGGAGGUUGUUUGCUACACAUGGGUUGCCAGAUGUGACUACCAAAGACUCAUUAAAGAGAAUUAUUGAAGGAGAUUGGAAUAGUAGACUUGCAAAUUUCCUUCUGCAACAACAUGUGACACCUUGCUCAAGCACCGGUAGUAGUCCAGCAGAGCUCCUUAUGAACCGGCGUCUUAAAACUUGUUUGGAUCGUUUACAUCCUGAUUUGACAACUGAGUUACAAGAGAAGCAAGAAUUGCAAUUCAAUACGAACUAUAAUGCUUCUACUGUCAGAGUAUUUGCACCUGACAGUGAUGUCUAUGUCAGGAACUAUGUUUCUGGGCCUAAAUGGAUACCUGCAAAAGUACUUAUGGCCACAGGACCUUUGUCAUACAAAGUACGAAUUCCUGAUGGUAGAAUAUUACGAAGGCAUGUCGAUCAGAUUCGG